AUGGAUGAAGGCAAAAUAAAUGGAGUUGUUUUUCUUGAGAAUGACUCGGUGAAUCAUGAGAUAUUAUUGGAGAAGCUUAAAACCCAGUUUGGAAUUCACGACAUUGAAUUAAAAUGGUUCCAAUCAUACUUAAGGAAUAGAAAGCAAGUGUGUUCUG